AUGUCGAAAAGACUAGAGUACCUUCCUACGCAUAGGGCGCCAUUUGUUGUCAACAUUUAUCCCUUCCUUAGUCUCUCCAGAAGCUUUGGCUUCCCAAAAGAAUUUGCUUUCUUUGAUGGUGGUGGCAAGACGGUUAGAGACAACGGUGACCCGUACAAUAAUGUGUUUGAUGCAAAUUAUGAUACACUUCUUUGGACGCUUAAGAAGGCAAGCGUCCCGAACUUGGAUAUCGUAAUUGGGGAAGUAGGAUGGCCUACUGAUGGCCAGGACUACAGGAGUAAGAAAUCGGCGAAGAAGUUUUAUGAUGGCCUCCUAAAAAAUUGCUAUGAUGGCAAGCCUAAAUUUCCCAUGGACCUCUCCGGCCAAGAGUCCGAACAUCAGAUGCUCAAAGGCGUAGAGGGAUUGAAAAACUUGCAGAAGCAGUGGUACUGCACAAGCUUGGGAGGGAAGAGGUCGUGUGACUUGGAAAUGCAUGAUAGAAUCUCUUAUGCUUUCAAUGAGUUCUACCAAAACGGAGACCAAGAUGUACGGAAAUGCAAUUUCAGAGGCAUGGGAAAGAAGUUUCAUCCAUGA